CCCGCCGCCACCAUGGCCACGGUGAGGGACCAGCUCGUCCGCCACAUCGCGGCCGAGGAGCCGAGAUGCCACAACAAGGUGUCCAUCGUGGGGUGCGGGUCGGUGGGCAUGGCCUGCGCCCUCGGCGUGCUGACGAAGGGCCUGGCCGACGAGCUGGCGCUCGUGGACAUGGACGGGGACAAGCUGCAGGGCGAGCUGAUGGAUCUGCAGCACGGCAGCGCCUUCAUCAGAAUGCCCCACGUCGUCUGCAGCACCGACUACAAGGUCACCGCACACUCCAAAAUCGUGGUCAUCACGGCCGGCGCGCGCCAGGAGAAGGGCGAGUCGCGCCUGAACCUCGUCCAGCGGAACGUGACCAUCUUUAAGCUGGUCAUCGCCAGCAUCCUCAAGCACAGCCCUCGCUGCAAGCUGAUCGUGGUCUCCAACCCCGUGGACAUCCUGACCUACGUGGCCUGGAAGCUGAGCGCCUUCCCGAGGAACCGCGUCAUCGGCAGCGGCUGCAACCUGGACACGGCGCGCUUCCGCUUCCUGAUGGGCCAGAGGCUGGGCAUCCACGCGGACAGCUGCCACGGCUGGGUGCUGGGGGAGCACGGGGACUCGAGUGUCCCCGUGUGGAGCGGGGUGAACGUCGCCGGGGUGCCCCUGAAAGAGCUGAACUCGGCCCUAGGGACGAGCCACGACCCCGAGCGCUGGGGAGACGUCCACAAGGACGUGGUGGCCAGCGCCUACCAGAUCAUUAAGAUGAAAGGCUACACUUCUUGGGCCAUUGGCCUGUCUGUAGUUGAUUUAAUAGAAACCAUUUUGAAGAAUCUCAGGAGAACGCAUCCAGUUUCCACCAUAAUUAAGGGUCUCUAUGGAGUAAACGAAGAAGUCUUCCUCAGUCUUCCUUGUGUCCUGGGAGAAAAUGGUAUAACAGACAUUAUAAUGAUAAAGCUGACACCGGAAGAGGAGGCCCAGAUGAGGAAGAGCGCAGAAACGCUUUGGGAAAUUCAGAAGGAGCUCAAGCUUUAA